AGUUAAUUCUCUCCCCCUGAAUGGGUCAAAGCAAGAUGGCGUGGCAGCCGGAGGAAAAUGGACUCCGCCAAAUCUUGCAAUUAUUAAAAGAAUCUCAGUCCCCUGACACUGCGACCCAGCGAAAUGUGCAACAAAAAUUAGAGGAAUUGAACAAGUAUCCAGAUUUCAACAAUUACUUGAUUUUUGUUCUCACAAAAUUGACAACAGAGGAUGAACCUACACGGUCAUUGAGUGGACUGAUUCUGAAGAAUAAUGUGAAAGCACACUUUGAGAAGUUCCCUCCAGAGGUGACCAGCUUCAUAAAGGCGGAAUGCCUGUCCAGCAUAGGGAACCCCUCCCCGCUAAUCCGUGCCACCAUUGGGAUCCUGAUUACAACAAUAGUAGCCAAAGGAGAAUUGCGCAACUGGUCUGAGCUCCUGCCUACUCUUUGUAAUUGCCUGGACUCUGAAGAUUAUAAUGUGUGCGAGGGAGCAUUUGGUGCAUUACAAAAGAUCUGUGAGGACACUGCUGAGGAUCUGGACAAUGACAGCUCCAGGCCCCUCAAUGUCCUCAUCCCAAAGUUCCUACAGUUUUUUAAGCACAACAGUGCCAAAAUCAGGUCUCAUGCCAUUGCCUGUGUGAACCAGUUUAUCAUCAGCAGGACCCAGGCUUUGAUGGUCCACAUUGACAGCUUUAUUGAGAACCUGUUUUUCCUGGCUACGGACGAAGACACGGAGGUCAGGAAGAAUGUGUGUAGAGCCCUAGUCAUGCUGGUGGAGGUUCGCAUGGACCGACUGAUUCCCCACAUCAACAGCAUCAUUGAGUACAUGAUGCUGAGGACCCAGGAUGACGAUGAUUCGGUGGCCCUGGAGGCGUGCGAGUUCUGGCUCUCUCUGGCCGAGCAACCAAUCUGUAAGGAGGUACUACAGCCUCACAUCGAACGCCUCAUCCCAAUCCUCGUUAAGGGUAUGAGGUACUCGGAGAUCGACAUUAUUCUUCUGAAGGGUGAUGUUGAAGAGGAUGAGAUGAUCCCCGACAAGGAGUCGGACAUUAAGCCCAGGUUUCAUAAAUCUCGUUCCCACACCCAGAAACACCAGGAGGGAGACGAGGAUGGUGAGGGGUCUGAUGAUGGAUUUGAUGAUGAUGACAAUCUCUCUGACUGGAACCUCAGGAAGUGCUCUGCUGCAGCGCUAGAUGUGUUGGCUAAUGUGUUCCGUGAGGAGAUUCUACCAACACUGCUUCCAAUCUUGAAGGAGACUUUGUUCCAUGCAAACUGGGAAGUAAAAGAGUCGGGAAUCUUGGUGUUGGGGGCCAUUGCUGAGGGCUGUAUGAACGGUAUGAUCCCCCACCUGCCAGAACUGACGCCUUAUCUGAUUGGCUGUCUGAGUGACAAGAAGGCCCUAGUCCGCUCCAUCACCUGCUGGACCCUCAGUCGCUACGCUCACUGGGUUGUUGGCCAGCCACAUGAGAUGUACCUCAAACCCCUUAUGACAGAGCUGUUGAAGAGAGUGCUGGACGCCAACAAGCGAGUUCAGGAGGCUGCCUGCUCGGCUUUCGCGACUUUGGAGGAGGAAGCGUGCACUGAACUGGUUCCCUAUCUGGGCUUCAUUCUGGAGACGUUAGUGUACGCCUUCAGCAAGUACCAGCACAAGAACCUGUUGAUCCUGUAUGAUGCAAUAGGAACACUGGCCGACUCAGUGGGACAUCACCUCAACAAACCAGAGUAUGUGAACAUGCUGAUGCCCCCAUUAAUUCAGAAAUGGAAUAUUCUGAAGGAUGAAGACAAGGACUUAUUUCCACUGUUAGAGUGCCUGUCCAGUGUGGCCACAGCCUUGCAGUCUGGAUUUCUGCCGUACUGUGAACCAGUUUACCAGAGAUGUGUUAAUCUGGUGGAACAGACCCUAAACCAGAACUUUAGAAAUCUGACCUCUUUUCCUCAGGCCAACAUUAAUCAGCCUGACCAGUACGACCCCCCGGACAAGGACUUCAUGAUCGUGGCGCUGGACCUGUUGAGCGGGCUGGCAGAGGGACUGGAGCACCACAUCGAGGGCCUGGUGGCCAGCAGUAACAUCCUGAAGCUCCUCUUCCAGUGCAUGCAGGUAGACUGUCACUUAUGUCCCUUGGAUCCCAUGCCUGAGGUACGACAGAGCUCGUUUGCUUUGCUUGGAGAUCUGACCAAAGCGUGUUUCCAGCAUGUUAAACCUUGUAUAGUUGAUUUUAUGCCAAUUCUUGGAUCCAACUUGAAUCCAGAGUUCAUAUCUGUGUGCAAUAAUGCUACCUGGGCUAUUGGUGAAAUCUCCAUCAAGAUGGGAAGCGAUAUGCAGCCCUACAUCAGCAUGGUUCUUGCUCCACUAAUUGAAAUCAUCAAUCGGCCAAACACUCCAAAGACUUUACUGGAAAAUACAGCCAUUACGAUUGGUCGGUUGGGGCUUGUUUGUCCCCAGGAAGUGGCUCCUACUCUUCACCAAUUCAUUAGGCAAUGGUGUACAUCACUGCGUAACAUACGUGACAACGAAGAAAAAGACUCUGCUUUCCGUGGUGUGUGUCACAUGAUCAAUGUGAACCCCGGCGGGGUUGUUCAAGACUUUAUCUUUUUUUGUGACGCUAUUGCAUCAUGGUCUCAGCCAAAGGCCGAUCUCAAAGAAAUGUUCUUUAAGAUAUUACAUGGGUUUAAAAAUCAAGUUGGUGAAGACAACUGGACCAAGUUUUCUGACCAGUUUCCGCAGCCAUUGCGGGAGCGUCUCGCCAUGCAUUACAAUGUGUGACCUGAUCCUUACAGGUCCAAAGGGGAAAAAGGGAAAGUGCUGUCAGGGAUAUCCCAUAAGGCACUACGGGGUCCAGCUCGGGGUUGGCAUCGCGUCUGGGGAGGGCCAGCUCAUAGGUCUCGCUGCCAAUAGGCGACGCUCCUAAUGGGGGCGUGCAGCAGGCCAAAUCGCGGAGGGUGGGUCGCGUAAUCGGGAGGGCUAUUGAGAAAAAUCUUCAUAUCUCAACAUCGCGCAAAAACAGGGAUUGUUAGACGUUAUCUGUAGAUUGCAUGCCCAAACUUUGUCAGUAUAUUGAUCUGUGUUCCUAUAGCAACAUGUAACAAACAACAAAAUCCUUCAUUUCAGUGCUUGAAAUUGUUAAGAGUUUAGAGUAGUGGGGUGCACCAUAGGGGUAUUGUGUGUAAUGUCUGUUGCUGUGUGCUCAUGAUGACCCUUCCAAAUUAGAUGUAAUGUAAGAGUUCUUAGGAAAUGUUGUUGCUGGGUUUCUUCCAGUCUGAUUUACCUAUAAACUGUUUGUCUUUCCCAAAUUAUGUAAGCAAAAGUGAUAAUGUUGUCAGCAGGUUAGCAAAUUUUAUAUUGUUCAGUUCCCAUGGUGUGCCCCAUUUACUAUUUUUCAGUGUCCUUGGUUUGAUUGAGUUGAAAUCAUGAUUAUUAUUGCAGGUGAAAAUAGAUAAUUUUUUCAUGUUAUCAUUCAUGUCUUGUUUGAAAUUCGGCAAAAACAUAAAAUGAAUUCCGAAAUGUUUAAAAAUAGUCGAACUCCAAACCCUGCGUGUUAAAAUCAGUCGAGCACUGAGAUAGUGAGGACACUGAAUUGGUUAGGAUUAAACGUUUUCUUCAGCUUUUCAAUGUUUCUUGUACAAUCCAUGAGAGGAUGAAUCCAGUCCAUGAAUUUCAAUCUAAAUUAUACAUAAUGCUUCCAAAUAAUCCUAUUUUUAUGUGUUUUAAAAAUUUGCUUUCAAAGAAUUUGGAAAGAAAUAUCACAGCUGAACUAGUACACUAGCUAGUCAUGUUCGAUCAUGUGUAAAUUGGUAGUCCUGCGUUAUUUACAGUUUUAAAACAUCUGACUGAUUCAUUUCGCUCUCAUGGAUUAAAACCUUGCGUCUCAAACAGCAACCUCCUGUAAUCCGUUUUUUAGUGCAAGACCAAGCGCCCAUUUUUUUUAUGUGCAUCUGAAUGCCAAAGCCUAUUUCCUAUGUCUGGAUGCAGACAGUCAGUGAUUGACGAGGUCAAGGUCGUGUCAUAGUGUCAUCCUUCAGUUCAAGGACACGAACAGGUGUAUUCUGAAAGGGAAAUAACUCUAGCAUGGUGAGAGGAAUACACUAACGUGGUGUAGAUGCAACAGUCAGUGAUAAGAUCACAAUUGUCUACAGAGUGCUCGCUCUCUACGUCAAUUGUGCCAAUGUGAAGCAAUCUUUUUUACACCUAUUUUUAAUUAGAAUUUAUUAUUUAGAGUUUUUAUCUGUUUAGGGUUUUUUUUUAAUGAAGUACUGGAUUAACUUUUUCUUGGAAAUGUAGUAAGAUCUACAUGUAUUUCAACAAUUAAUUACUGUGUAAUUGGUGUUGGUUAUUAUACUGUAAGGGUUUAUUAUCAUCAAAAUUAUACUUCAAGACAAAUGUAUGUAAAAUCGUCUGAAAGUUUUCAAUUUAUGAAGUAUAAUAUGUUUUAUUACAAGAAACUUUUUUGGAGUAUCUUAACAUUGCCUUUGAAGUUAAGUUACUUUGAAUAUUUAGAUGUGAUUUUUAAAAAAUGCUACUUUAAGUUUAGUUACUUUAAAUAUUUUGAUGUGAUUAAAAAAAUCCUUGAAUUAUGUGACAAAAUUAUUUUGAAGUUGGGUUUGAGGGAAUGGACUGUGAUAUAUUUUUAAGUUUUUGCAGAGUGUUACAUGUACCACAUUCCAGCAGUAGUUGAUAUUUUUAGGGGUUUUAUACAUCAAGAUUGAUGAUGUUGUAAAGGGAGCUCAUGUAAAUUAAUAAACAAGGGAGCUCACUGUGUAAAUGGGGUUGCUUCAUAUUGGUUCUUUAUUUUUCUCUCUGUGAUCAGAUUUUUUUUUAUUAUUUUACUAAGUUUUGCUGUGUUAUUUUUUUUAUUGUCGUGUUAACAUGUUCUCACAUUCGUUUGAGGAAAACUAAAAGCAUACUUGUUACAUUAACUGUUUUACUUUGCAUGCAAUAAAACUUCUGAAUAAUUGGGAAA